AGAGGAUGAAGAGCUUCACUUGGGAUGUUUAUUUUGAUUCCCGAUCUGUCUCACACACACACACACACACACAGGCAACAAGUACUCAGGACAUUCUGUGUUUCCUGUCUGAACUGAAUGUGUGUGUGCUUAUGUGGAAAUCUGUGUGAAGUACAUUAUCUUAGCCUGAAUGUGUUUACGUGCAAGGGAGGGCGAGACAGAUAGAAAUCAACAAAGACAGCCGAAGAGAAGGGGGAGAGAGGGAGAGAUCGGCAGAGACUGGGAAAGCAUCAGAGAGUGAAAUGAAACGAGAGUGUGAUCAGAGGAGGCAGAGGAGCGGACAGACAAAUCCCUCUCAGUUUGGAUCUGAUGAGACGAGACAGUGAAGCCACUGUCUGUUGGACAUCUCUGUCAUGGACCUGCUGCCGGCGUUAGCAUCCACAGUGUUAACCUCCACAGUCAGCCUGCUGAGGGAGAGCGCUGCUGUUCAGAGCAUCAACAGGAGGCUCAGCAGGAGAACGAUGUCGUCUCCGGAGAUGUGCUGGCCGGUGCCGAUGCGAGCCAUCGGGGCUCAGAACCUCCUCACCAUGCCAGGAGGAGUUUCCACGUCAGGAUACCUCCACAAGAAGGGAGGCAGCCAGUUCAGCCUCAUGAAAUGGCCACUGAGGUACAUCAUCAUCCACAAGGGCUGUGUGUACUACUUUAAGAGCAGUACCUCUCCUGCACCACAGGGGGCGUUCUCUCUCAAUGGCUACAACAGAGUGAUGAGAGCAGCAGAGGAGACUACGUCUAGUAACGUGUUUCCUUUCAAGAUCGUCCACUUCAGUAAGAAACAUAGGACGUGGUUUUUCUCGGCAGCCAGCGAGGACGAGAGGAGGAAAUGGAUGCGAUACCUGCGGAGAGAGAUUGAUCACUAUAACGACAGAAAAGACUCCCACAUUCCAAGUGACUCAGAUUCAGAUGCAGACAGUUUCUACGGCACCAUUGAGAGGCCCAUGGAAAUUAAACACCCUGUUGAUAACGCAGAUGAUGAUUAUGUAGAAGAUGAUGAUGAUGACGAUGAGGAAGACUACCUGAAGCCAGACGGAGAUUGUUCACCGACAUCUACAGGUCGACCCACCGGGCCGCCCCCUUCCUACCCUCCUCCCCCAGUGCCGUUCCAGCUCCGUCAAGACUCCGCUCCGGCUUUCCACAAAGGCCCGCCUCCUCCUGUCCCACCGUUACACAGAAUCCAAACCAGCCCGCUCCCCAAAAAACCCCCACCCUCUGUACCUCCUCCCUCCAUACUGAAGGACCCCCACAAAGGCCCGCCUCCUCCUCUCCCCUUUGCCCCCCACCUGCCCAAGUCCAUGUCUGUGUCUCCCAGUCCUCCACCUCCUCCUCCUCCCAACGCAAAAAGAACUCUUCAGAGCAGGGUGGCAUCUGUGGGGGGGCCUGGGAACGACAAGAGAGACUGGAGGCCUCUGCCGGCCAUGUCUGUCCAAUCCCCCGCCACUCUGCCUAUCUGCGACCAAAUAGAGACCAGGAUGGUCCUAAAUGGUCCCUCCCACUCUGCCCUUAAUGUUGGAGUGAGCAAAUCGUUGGGCAACAACCACCAGGUGGUGAUGAGUAACCAUCGCAGCAAGCCGAGCCUACCUCCCCAUUCCAUUACUGGAGGGUCCAACCUCAGACCUAUGACAUCAGACUCCCUGUCCCCCAACCAGAAGCCCUCCAGUCACCCACCGCUGCCUGGCCACGCUUCGCUCUCUCCUGUACUUAAAGCUGGACUACACAAUAAGCCAGCGAUACCCAAACCUCCUCCGCCAACAGUCAAACCCCCGCUGCUUACAGCCAAGUCCAAGCAGCCAGGAACCCCACUUCAAAGAGCAUCUCCAGAUGGCCAGAGCUUCCGUUCACUGGGAGAAGAGACGCCGGCAGACUUCAGGAGGAAACGAGACCCGGCCAAACACAGCGGAGGAGACGAGUCCGAUGACGACUAUGAAAACGUGCAGCUGCCAGACUCUGUGUUCAUUGAUACAACUGAAACCAGCUUCGUAGAAAAACUGUUCAAAGAGAGCGCCAGCCCUCCUCAGGACGGACUGUACGGCAUCAGAAACUCAGGAACCAAGACAUCGAAGGUGCUGGUGGUGUGGGAUGUCAGUAUCGGCAAAGCCAGAAACUACAGACUAUUUGAAGAGAACGACACCGUGUUCCUGGACAAUGAAAUCACCUUCCCGUCUCUGUCAGCUGUGAUUGAACACUACUACAGCCAUCCUCUUCCUCACCACGGCUCGCUCUGCCUGCAGAAGCCCUACACAAAGACAGUGAGCAUUUGACAAAUGGGCAACUCACAGAAUACAACUGAAACUCAAGAAGAGUGGAGAGUCAGGGCGUCUCUGCAGGUGAAAUCCAUCCCCAUCGACGCAUGCGGAGAUAAACUCACUCAGAUGGAUUGAAAAACUGUUACGAUAUAAGAAGAGAUCGUACCUCUCAUUGUUCAGUGGAAGACAGAUCGUUAUUCAACCAGUGUUGCAGCAAAAUGCACCAUAAGGCUUCAUGUGAGACAAUAAGGACAGUAACUCUGACUGUGAGGACACCAGGUAUUAUGAGGAGAAAAAAUAUCAGCAAUCACCAGUUAAUGGAACAUUAUUUAACUUAUUUUAAGACAAACUAGACUCUUAUCUUAACAAAGCAAGCCAUGCCUAUCCUCUUCUGUGUACAGAAAACAUAGGUCACUGUAAAUACACCUUAGUUAUUAAGGGAAUAUUUUAGUUAUGACACAGAUAAACUCAUUUUAAAAACACAGCAAACUCUCUAAUUGAACAGAAAUCUGGAUUUAUUGGAUGCCUGCUGUGUUUUUGAAACAUUCCUGCUGCUUUAUGCAAACUAUAGAGAUUUGCUGUGAAGCACAAUCCAAGGAUCAGUGUGGCAUAUUUUGUCCACAGAGGGGCGCUGUUACACCAAAUGAGAAAUAUUCAAUCCAGCUUCAUGUGGGGAUCCUGGGAAUCUGUCUCUGUCACCUGCGUUUUCUUUGGGUCUGUCCCAAUGCCCGGCUUGUGUGAUAUAUUUUCAACUGCCAAAAGGAGGGACUUAAAGGGACAGUUCACCCCAAAAUGAAAAAUACAUAUUUUGCCUGUUACCUGUAGUGCUAUUUAUCAGUCAAGAUUGUUUUGGUGUGAGUUGCCGAAUGUUCGAGAUAUAAGCUGUAGAGA